AUGAAAAUCACAACAAAAAGAAAAACAAAGAAACAAAGUACAAAACGAAGACAAAAAUCUGCUCCUACAGGUUUGAAUGGAGCAUAUUGGAAUGAUGCUCCAGUCGAUCGUCACAAAAAUCGACCAAUAUUCGAAUUUGUGUCAGAAUCCGAAAACACUCUCAUCUAUUCAAAUAAAACAUUUUUAACAUGUCGAAGUCCGACUAAUUCAUUUUUUCUUUGUCAAACUCUUCAAAAUGUUUACAGAGAUACACAACAAAUUCGUAUUCGAUGGUAUUCAUUCGUUGAUGAAAAUCAAGAUGAAAAUAAAGUCGAUGAAAAUACAUAUUUCAAAGAAAGUUAUCCAGAUACAAUUGAGAUCGAAACAAUUCUUACUGCAAUAGAAACGGUCAAUCGUUAUUCGGAUAAAACAAUUACAUUACACAAACAAGAUAUUGUCAAAACUAAAAGUUUAUUACAGAAAUCAAUCAAAGCAGAAUCAAGUGUUCUUAAGAAUACUAAAAGCAAAAAGCGAAAAGUAACUAUCAAUAGCGAUGUUGCUUCACCCGUAAGAAAACGACGACGAACGGUUGAUGUUAAUGGUAUUGAACAAAAAACAGUUCCUAAGAAAUCAAAAGCAAAUUUAUUCAAAGUGCAAAGUAAUCGUUUUCUGAAAGAGAAUCAAGCUGUGACAGACUAUCAAGUUGAUCCGUUUUUUGAAUUAAAUGUGUCUGUUCCAUUCAUAUCAUCUAGUGUUCAGAGUAAACUAGCAAUACGUGCUGUACUAUUAAAUGAUGCAGAUCUGUUGAAAAGUCUUAUUGAUGAUGUUGAUCGUGUAUAUUCGGUACAUAUUAAACGUGACCUUCCAAAGAGCUUUUCAGCUAUUCAUUAUGCAGUUAGAAACAAUAAUAUUGAAUUACUUGAAAUACUCAUAGAAGAUUUGUUACAUCCAAAAAGCGGCCGAUGUUCUUAUCCAGAAGUAACUUUGAAAAAACAAACAACAGGAAAUGCAAGUAUUCGUACUCUUGGCUUUCUAACAGCUGAAAUUAUGGCUAGUCGUGGUGCUCGUGAAGGCAAUAAUGCAUUGCUCAAAGUAUGGCAUUGA